GUACUUUAUUAGAGGGAAUUGGCAGCCUUGUUCGAUUCCCCCUUCAAAAAGAGGAAACGGAGGCCCGGAACACCAGCCUUCCGGUCAGUUCUUGAAUAGUAUCUGGUGGCGGUUUUGAUCACCACCACCGUUUACCCAGCACGUCACCCGCUGCAUCUUUGUGCAAUCUGUACGACCUGUGCAACCAAGCUGAACCCGAACUUUGAAUUAUGGAGCACACAUGCAGGGUAGUAUGUAGAACUAUGAAGUUGCAUCAUCAUGCCCGGAGGAAAUCUGGAGAGAAGAAAUAUAUCUUCUCCAGUCUGCAGCAUCGAUGCAUAUUCCAGAAGCAGCAAGGCGAAGGUAAGCACCACAACCGUCGCGUGGGAUUUUUCUGUGGGUCUUGGCGCUUACAUGCGGACAUCAUUUAUGCUACUAAUAUAUUUAGUCUACUGGUAUGUGUCUUUUUCGAACAACCAGACACACAAAGAACCACGGGGAAACUUUGUUUGACAGGGAUGUCCCCCUCCCUAACCUUUCCUAUUCGUGCUCCGCGCCAGAAUGACCCGAUGGAUUCCGUCUUACAUGCCAAGGGAGGGGAGAGCAAAAAAGAGAAGAACGUGAAGAAGCGGGUGGAGGAGAUUUAUUGGCAUUGCAAGGCAAUGUGGCAGUUCCUCCGAGCAGAAAGAAGAAGUCCACCACAUGGUCUGUUACCGAUCCAUGUGCCUGAAAAUUGAGGAAAGACGGGCAAGAGAGUGAGACAUUUGGAAUGUCAUGAUGGGGGAUGACUAACAAAGGAUUUCCAAAAAUGCAAUCGGUCGGCGCGGGGUUUUUGAGUGGAU